GUUGGAAAGAAUCUACAUACUUAUUGAAUUUUGUGUAUUUUUUUUUUGUCUUCUCCUUUAUUUAGUUCACAUAUGGUUCUGCUAUUAUGAUGGAGGAAAAAAACCAAGGAGUCUUUUUCCAUCAGAUGUUCCCAAACAUGGCCCUCCAGUAUAAGGGUAUUUUCAGGUUGUUGAACUUUUUUGAAUGGAGAUGGGUCGGUGUCAUUUAUCUGAAUGACGUCUAUGGCGAGAAAUUUGUGCAGGAUAUACUUCCCAUGUACUAUAGAAAUGGCAUUUGCUUUGACAUCGUAGAAAUCUUACCAGAACCAACUUUUGCUGAAGGUGCUGCUGAAAUGUUGGACAAAAUAAACAAAAUGUAUCAAGCAAUCCUAAAUAGUCCUGCCAAGAUAUUCAUAGUCCAUGGUGAAAUUCAGACCAUCUUUGCUUUGAGGAUGGUGCUUUAUUUCUCAGAAUUUGAGAAUGUACCAAUGGUGGCAAAGGUCUGGAUUAUGACAGCUCAAAUGGAUUUCACAUCACUGUCCUUUCAAAAUGAUUGGAAGUUAGACUUCAUACAUGGUGCUAUAUCACUAGCGGUGCACAGAAAUGAGUUGCUUGGCUUCCAAAAGUUUGUUCAGGCCAGAAAUCCUAAAAGGGAAGGAGAAGAUGGUUUCAUCAAAGCUUUUUGGGAACAAGCUUUUAAGUGUGUGUUUUCCAUUUCUCUGGUAGACCAAGAAGAGAGCAAAAUCUGCACUGGGGAAGAAAAACUAGAAACCCUUCCUAUAUCUGUUUUUGAAACAAGCCUGACCACUCAUAGCUAUAUUAUCUAUAAUGCUGUCUAUGCUGUAGCUCAUGCUCUACGUGACAUGCAUUCAGCUGAGUCCAGGUACAGAUCAAGGACAAAGAGAGAAAGAUGGAAAUUUCUGCACAAACCUCUGUGGCAGGUAGUGGUCUUCCAAGCAGAAUACAGUAUAUAAAGGUGUUCAAGAGAUAUGUAGGUAUUCUUUUCAGUGGAAUCAAAACCUACAUUAUUCACU